CCUACUAGUACUACCAUAUGUAAUUUCUGCACCAGGCAAGCCUCCAAUAAACGGCAAAAAAUGGCCUAAUUUUCUUACGAUACGUGCCGCGCAAGUAUAAAAACCCUCGCGACUUUGACGCAUCGACAGGUGGUCACCUUCUCGAUAACAAUUAUGCAGCUCUCGUUUAUCUUCGGGACACUUAUGUCCUUUGUCGCGAUUGCUGCUGCAUAUCCCUCACCAGACUUGGGGACGAAACAAACUUCUUUGGCUAAGCGCGAGAGGUUUGAAUUUGACCUCGCUCACCAGUUAGACGUUAGGGCGCCUGACGUUUCAGCGCCCAACGAUCCUGACGACCCUGUCAUGCCUAACAAUCCUUUCGAGUCUAAUUAGAAUGACUGAUGAAGGGCGACGAGCAGUGUGGGGAGUAACUACAUGUUACAAGGUGGACUGAGGGGUGCUACGAGGCGUCAGUCACUAACUACAACUUCUGUUUGUAGAAUACUUUCUUUGCACUUCGAUUCGUAUCUUGAACUUUCGAUCAAGCUUGGCACUUUGAAUCGGAUGAUGUCACUGGUCAAUCAGUCAUAUUCAACAUCA